CGGGAGUACGUAUAGGUAAUCUCACUUCCUGUUUGAAGUUGCACGUUUUAACAAAGAAGUAGUGUGAUUGUACUUAAUAAAGCUUUUUUUUUAUAAAACGUAUAAUGGCGGAUGCUACAGCAGAAAAGGUUCAAGAAUACAAGGAUUCUCUUAAAACUAAGGCAGAACAACUAUUAAUAACAGGAUUCCCAGAGAAGAUCGUAAAAUUAAAUGAAUUAUUGGAAACACCUGGUUUCCGUAAUCGCAAAUUGACAGAUGUUCAUCAAGACUUAAAUGUGCCCAUUCCAGACCCUAUAGUUCUUAAUCAUUCCGAAGAUGGACCUAUUACGAAAAAAAUUAAAAUGGACAAUAGUGUGGAUGAAACUAGCGGAACCAAAGUUAUGAUACUUCCCAAUGGACCAGUACCAUGUAAUAAACCUUUAUGUGAAUUAAUUCAUGUAGUAAAACCAUAUAUCAGACAACUUCUGGAGGAUUCUAAUCUGUUAAAAAUGUGGAUUUCUUUUUUGAUUCCAAAAAUUGAAGAUGGUAAUAAUUUUGGUGUAUCAAUUCAGGAAGAUACGCUCGCAGAAAUACAAUCAGUAGAGAGUGAGGCAGCUGCAUUCUUUGAUCAAAUCUCUAGGUAUUUUAUCUCUCGAGGAAAAAUCGUUAGUAAAGUUGCAAAAUAUCCACACAUCAUUGAUUAUAGAAGAGCCAUUCAAGAAUUAGAUGAAAAAGAAUAUGUGAGUUUGUGGCUUGUAAUGUGUGAAGUCCGCAAUCGCUACUGUUCAUUACAUGAUCUCGUUAUCAAAAACUUGGAAAAGAUCAAAAAACCACGCUCUUCCAAUGCGCAAUCUCUCUACUAAACAUAUGAGUAUUUCCUGUAUAUGUGUACAGGAUGGUCGAAGUGCAAAAAUAAUCGCAUUAAAGGAGCGUGCCUAAAACUUUAUGAUAGGAGAGAAUAAAGCUCAACCAACCAUUGCCAUCCGCUCUACCAUAUUAGAUAUUGACUCUAAUGCCUUGACAUUAGUCCAUCAUUCUUUCGACCAAUUACAGUACUAUGGAUUAACCACAUAGUUGCCUCACAUAUUACAUGGAGAAUAUGGUUUUAGCUUAUUUAUAUGCAGAAAGGUUGAUGUAGCUGAGAUUAUUGUAAACAGUAAUAAGAAAGAGCAUUGAAACCUAAUAUUGUUCUAUACUUUCUUAACAUUCAUGUUGGGGUUGUAUGGUUCUAUAUUCAGACCAUUGUUAGAGUGCUCCAAUAUACUUAUCACCGAUGUUUGCAGGAUUUAGAAAUUUCAUUUGAUAUGUUUUUUUUUUUCUUUUUUUUUUUUUUGAUUCAUUAUGUAAAGUUUAUCGGUGAAUUAAAUGAUAUAAUAAAUUUGUACAAUAGGACAGAAAAAUUCAAACAUUUUUAUGAAAAAAAUAUCUUAAAGGUCAUAUUGUAUUUAAUUUAGAAUUAUCUCUAAACGUAUGAUCUGUGUAAUUUUACAUUAAUAAAAAUAUUAAAAAUAUGAAACGAAGCGUGAUGUAAAAAAAAAAAAAAAAAAAGAAAAACAAAACAAAAAGAUAAAAUGAACUUUCUUAAUCAUCGGUGAUAUUCAUUUAUAACUGUAUAAAGUAGAAUAUGGAAUAAAUAUGCGCAACUAUAUGAUUAGUGUGUUAUACACUAUUAUUAAUUCAGUAUUUACACUUAUUAUCAUGAAUGCAACUUUUACCUUUAUUGCAAGUAUUUUUUACAUUAAUUGAGGCGUAAUGAUGGAUGAUAUGGCAAGAUUAAAAAGAUUUUCCCAAUGUCUUAAUAAAUGAUACAUGAAAUGUCAUAUAUCAUUGAUCUACAAUGAGUUAAUUUAAACUUGUGAAUGUAUUAAAAGCGACACAACCAGAUUAUUUAAAUAAAAAUUUCUUCAGUAAAUAAUACAGUUUCCUUAGCCGUGGUAUAUAAAGUUUAAUUACUGGUUCUUUUUUUUUCUUUUUUUUUUUUUUUUUAUAUUUUAUUUUCUUUAGCAUUUUCUUCUUCUCUGUAUAUGAAGAAAUGAUAUGUUAAAAAAGGAAACAUACAAACGUUAUUUACAUUUUACUGAGAUUGUAAAUAAUAUAUUAUCUUGUACACAUAAUUGAAUAUUUUGGAAUGACAAAAAGACGAUUUGUACGCUCUUUGAGG